AAAUGCUUCAGUUUGCCUCUCGCCGAUCACCAGUUGUGUGCACAAGGGGUUGUGCUGCAACCAGCCAGCCGUUAGCUACGGAUGCAGGACUUGAUAUACUGAAAAAAGGUGGGAAUGCUGCGGAUGCUGCUGUUGCUAUGGCAGCAGUCUUGAGUCUUACUGAACCAUUCAGUACUGGCCUUGGUGGAGACUGCAAUGUACUAUUUUACGAUGGUAUAACUAAGAAAGUAUAUGGACUAAAUGGAAGUGGCAGGUCUCCACAAGCACUGACCCUUGAUUUGUUAAAAAAGGAAGGCUUUGUUGAGACGAACCCUUUACCAUUGUGCCAUGCCAACCUUGUCACUGUGCCUGGAGCUGCUGCUGGCUGGUGCGAUACAAUCCGUCUCUUUGGAAGUAAGAAGCUCUCUUUGGGUGAAAUUCUGCAGCCAGCUAUCGAGCUGGCAGAAAGAGGCUUUCCUAUCGCUGAAAUCGCAGCGUUUCACUGGAACAGAGGAGCGAGCAUCCUGCAGAGCCCAGGAAACCAACACGGAAAAGAUCUCCUGCUGCAGGGUAGAAGCCCUAAAUGUGGGCAGAUAUUCAAGAACCCUCUAUUAGCUCAGACCUUCAAGAGAUUGAGGAUCUGGGAGCUUCCUCCAAAUGGACAGGGAAUCACUGCUCUAAUGGCAUUAAACAUGCUGGAGAACUUUAACAUCAAAGAAAUGGGCCACAACAGUGCAAAUUACAUUCACCUGCUGACUGAGGUACUGAAGCUCAGCUUUGCCGACAGUUUCUGGUUCUGCACUGAUCCAGCCAAGGUCAAGGUGCCCCUGGAAGAGCUGCUUUCAAAGCAUUACAGUAAACAACGCUCGGAGCUCAUCAACAUGCAAAGGAUAAACAGCCAGUCUAUCCAUGGCAACCCUUGUGGGACUGGUGGUGACACUGUUUACUUUACAGCGGUGGAUGCGGAGGGAAGUGCCUGCUCUUUCACCAAUAGCAACUACUCGAACUUUGGCACCGGACUUGUACCAGAAGGCUGUGGAUUUGCCUUACAAAACAGAGGCGCUGGUUUUUCGCUGAGCCCUGAGCACCCAAAUUGCCUGGCACCAGGAAAGCGGCCCUACCACACCAUCAUCCCCGCCCUUGCCACAUCUGCUGCCACUGGACAAUUUGUGUGUAGCUUUGGGGUGAUGGGUGGGUUCAUGCAACCUCAAGGCCAUGUGCAGGUAUUGCUGAACAUGCUGGAGUUUGGGAUGAACCCACAAGAAGCACUGGAUGCUCCUCGCUUUUGUGUGGAAUGUGCAAAAUCAGAUGGUACCUGGAAGCUCUCAUUGGAAGAGGGGAUCUCCCAGUCUGCCACACAGGACCUGAUAGCAAGAGGUCACAAUGUCCAUUGGCCAGUUUGUGGACAUGACAGGUCUCUGUUUGGACGUGGUCAGAUUAUCACCAAGGGACCAUGGUGGGAAUCACAGCGUGCCCUUGUGGCUGAAGAUAGCCAAAAAGUAUUAUGGGCUGGGUCUGAUCCUCGAGCAGAUGGUUGCGCAAUUGGAUUCUAGGUUAUUUUGCAAAUAUGAUUUAGGAUGAAUUUAGGAUUGGUAUUGUAAUGUUUAGUUGAUCAGUCCUGGGUUUAUCUCAUUGAAUGUUAUUGUUUUAUGUGCUCCUCAUCACCUUGAGAGUCGUGCAUGAUAUGAAAUUAAGCUUUAAGAAGAAAGAGAGAGAGCGUAGCGUUGACAUCGCGCGUUAUCACGUCUCAAAGAAAGGUACCAAAGUGUAUCAACAUCAAAUGAAUUGCUUUAAAGUGUUGCAAACGCUGAAAAUCAGGGCAAUACAGCACCAUUUUUGUGCACAUGUGGCAACAUAACAGCAGAAAACACUUGAGAUUAAUCACAUCGAAUUUUUAUUUAACCAGCGUAUUUCUACAUACAAGCAUACAAAUACGAUGUUGGUAUGUAGCAAUGUGCUGGUUAAAUAAAAUUUCUCGUUAUUCUUUAAAUCUUACGGUCCAGAAUGGGUUUGGUGAUUUCCAAAAUAGAAGCUAAAAGACUCUUGUGAAGAGCGGCUCCAGUUACGAAGUCAGCAAGAAGCACUCGACACAAAUUAUUCUACAGUGAGAAGCUAAGGUUGAAAGCCCAAGAACUAUCUGGAAGAAUGCUAGUUUGAGAAGACCAGAAGAGAAAUUAAGCUAUAUUAAGAUGAUGUGCUUAGGUGAUGGCAGCUUUGGUUCGAAAAGCCCACAACAUGGUGACGAGAAAGAGGAAAGGAGUUCUGAAGACUUGGGAAAGAGUGAGCUGGAGUGGGAGACUGUGCAUAGAGUCUUGACUUCAGUGCCUUCCCAGUCAUGGGCACUGAAGAGAAUCGAAAAGCAAUAAUGUUGUGCCAGCCUAUUUUUUCUUGAUAGAUAAUGGGCUAGAUUUUUGCGUUGAACAUGAUGGUGAGGCUGGCUGUGCUCACUGUGGAUGUGGAGCAAAUUGAAAAGCAACUUCCGGAGUCUGCGCACGCGCAGUUAAACAUGGAAAUCCGAAAGUUGCCGGUCUGAGUUACCCUGUUCCUCUAUAGGCUGCCCUAUAAUAGAACCCCGCCAAUAAAAGAGGCAUUUGAAUCUGUGGAAGGACAUGAAGCUGCUGCACAUUUCCAGCGGUUACCCAUGAAAUAUGCCAGACAAAGUUGUGAAUUUUUAUCAGCAUGAUCAGUGAUAAUUAUUGACAUACAAAUUCUCUGGCAGUGAAAAAUUAAAAGUACAAGUGUGGAUUCUCAGUCCUUUAGAAUUAAAGUGCUGUUAGAGAUUUUAUGAAAAUAAAAAUUAAACAUUUUUUAAUACUUUU